ACGCCCAUACCUGGACGAUUCAAGGAAAUCUGGGAUUGUACACAAAAUCGAGCUCAUCCAUAUCCAGUUUGAACGUUCAGUCAUUUUUUACAUUACACUGAAUCCUGCGCGUCUUUAUUUGAGUUUGUUGGGCAUAGUAAGUGACCAGUCCAUUCAAAUUGAAUUAUUCCGCUCAAGCUGUUCCAGCUAUCAGAGGUUUUCCCUGACCCACGAAGCUCAGUUUUUGUGUCUACGACGCCUUUCUGCUCCAAGCUACCCAGCUGUUUUACAGAACCCAGUCAUGGAGGAGACGGUGUGGGAACAGUACACUGUGACCCUACAGCGGGACUCCAAAAUGGGGUUUGGCAUCGCUGUGUCUGGAGGACGGGACAACCCAAACGAAGAAAGUGGAGAAAUGUCAAUCGUCGUUUCCGAUGUGCUGCAAGGGGGUCCUGCAGAUGGCUUGUUGUUUGAAAAUGACAGAGUAAUUCAGGUGAAUGCUGUGCUCAUGGAUGGCGUCCCACACCCCUUUGCAGUGCAGACUCUCCGCAAGUGUGGCAAAGUAGCAAAAAUUACAAUAAAGCGAGCUAGGAAGAUCCCUGUCAGCAUGAUUAAACGUGCCCCAUCUCCAGAGGACCGCGUCUUCAGCGGUGACUACAAUGACGACUAUGAGCAGGAUCGGCGCAGCAUUUACAGUGGACGCAGCUACCCUGAUCACGAUGCCAGUCUAGAACGGGAGCGAGGCGGCUAUGCAGACGAACACGAUCGUGACUACGAACGCAGUCGUGGAAGGAGCAUGGAGCGUGGCGUGAGCCCCGAUAGACAAUACCGACGAGAUGGCAGCCGCGGGCGAAUACUGGACCGCGAACUUAGCCCCGAUCGGCGUUAUCGUAGGGACCACACACUGGAUAACCCCAGCAGUCCAGAACGACGUUACCGAAGUGAUCGGAAGCUGGAUCACAACUACAGCCCGGAUAGGCGCUAUCGUAGCGAACACAAUCUGGACGUAGAUCGGAGUCCAGACAGGCGAUACCGAAGCGAUCAUACGUUGGACAGAUCGCACAGUCCAGAUACGCAGUAUAGGCCUGAACCAAAAAAGAAAUACAGCAGAGAGAAUUUAGCCAGUGACCAUGACCGCAGGAAGUACGAUUCUCGCCAGGACGAAGCAAUGAAGAGGGGUAACAGUCGGGACCGGUUGGACCGUUCGCCCUCACCUCCCUCACCGCAACACCAUGAACCUUUGGAAAAGCCCCUCAACGUUACUCUUCUGAAGAACCGACCCAAUGAUGAAUAUGGCCUUCGUCUUGGCAGUCAGUUGUUCAUCAAAGAAAUGACGAGUACAGGCCUGGCAUCCAGAGAUGGCAAACUACAGGAAGGCGACAUUAUUCUAAAAAUUAACGGUACAGUCACAGAGAAUCUAUCUCUGGGUGAUGCAGGAAAGUUGAUCGAAAAGUCUCGUGGAAAGCUGCAACUGGUGGUAAAGAGGGAUCGCACUCAGGUGCUCAUCAGAGUCCCACCAAUGGUUGACAGCGACUCAGAAAUGGAUGAUAUCUCAGAGAUUGAGUCAUAUCGCUCAUAUUCUCCUCAGGAUGAGCGACGCAGUCAUCAUUCAGACCUCUCCUCACACUCUUCUAAUGAGAGACUACAAGACAAAAACAGAGAUGAGCCUCCUAACAGACUGGCUAAAAUGGGAGCGAUGCCGACUCCAUUCCGAGCAGCUCCUGUGGAGCAGCCACCUCCACCCAUAGAGAAGGAGGAGCCUCGCAGUGAGUCACCAGUUCCAGUGGUAAAUGUGGCUCCAAAAGCAAGUGUUCCAAUAAAAGUCAAACCUCUGCCAAAGGUCCCACUGCGGCCCAGUCAGGAGGACCAGCAAAUAUAUGGCCCUAACACUGCGAUGGUCCGCUUUCAGAAAGGGGAAAGCGUUGGUCUACGUCUAGCUGGAGGAAAUGACGUGGGAAUUUUUAUCGCAGGCGUUCAGGAGGACAGCCCUGCAGAGAUUGAAGGACUCAGCACCGGAGACCAGAUCGUGAAGGUGAAUAAUAUGGAUUUCAGAGGAAUGGUCAGAGAAGAUGCAGUUCUGUAUUUACUGGAGAUUCCCAAAGGAGAAGCUGUGACUAUCUUGGCUCAAAGCAAACCUGAUGUUUAUAAAGACAUCCUGGCGUCUGGGCGAGGAGAUAACUUCUUCAUCAGAACUCAUUUUGAAUAUGAGAAGGAGCUUCCUCAGAGCCUGACCUUCUCCAGAGGAGAGAUCUUUAAAGUGGUGGACACCCUGUAUGACGGAAAGCUUGGUAACUGGCUCGCAAUCCGCACAGACAAUGACAACAAUCUGCUGGAGAAGGGCGUCAUACCCAGCAAGAGCAGGGCUGAGCAGAUGGCAAAUGUCCAGAAUGCACAAAAAGGUGCUGGCAAUGAUAGAGGAGACUUCUGGAGGCUGAGAGGUCAAAGGGCAGCCAAGAAAAAAGAUCUUCGUAAGAGCAGAGAGGAUCUCAGUGCUACACCCGUCACUACACGCUUCCCUGCUUAUGAGAGAGUGGUGCUACGAGAAGCUGGGUUUAGACGACCCGUCGUAUUAUUUGGCCCGAUUUCAGAUGCAGCCGAUGAAAAACUGGCCAACGAUCUUCCAGAUGAGUUUGUCAUUGCAAAGACCGAACCCAAAGAUGCAGGCUCAGAGAUGUCAUCCGGUGUGGUCAGACUGAACACUAUUCGCCAGAUCAUUGAACAGGAUAAACACGCUCUGCUGGAUGUCACGCCCAAAGCUGUUGACACCCUUAAUUACACUCAGUGGUAUCCCAUCGUCAUCUUCCUCAAUCCAGACAGCAAGCAGGGAGUGAAGACCAUGAGAAACCGCCUGGUUUCUGGAUCCACCCGCAGUGCACGAAAGCUUUACGAGCAAGCAGUUAAACUACGGAAAAACUGCACACACUUGUUCACUGCUACCAUUGAUCUGAACUCUGCCAAUGACGCCUGGUUUGGAAGUUUGAAAGACAUCAUACGAGAACAGCAAGACAAAGCCGUCUGGGUCUGUGAAGGCAAACUUGAUAGAUCAGAGGAGGAUCCAGAUAUCCACGAUGACCGUAUGUCAUACCUGUCUGCUAUGAGCCAAGACUACCUGAGCAUGGACAGCCGUCUGACCAGCGAUUAUGAGGACACGGCCGAUGAGGGCGGAGCUUACACAGAUAACGAGCUUGACGAGUCCACUGAUGAACCACAGCCAAUUUCAGCAAUCAGUCGAUCAUCUGAGCCUGUUAGUGAGGAGAGAGCCAUGCCUGUUCCUCAUGCACGUAUAAAGAAAUCUGGAAGCAGAGAGGUGCUGCGGGACCAGAGCCCACCUCCCUCAUUUGUCCCAGAACCCCCUAAGGUCAGGUCAACAUCACGUGCCGCUGACUCCAGAAGCUUUGACUCGCGAUCCAGCAGUACAGUGAGCAGCGAUGUGCCCGUCAGUAAUAAACCACUUCCACCGCCUGUAGCUCAGAAGCCCAGCUUUAACACGCGGUCAGGCCCUGCCAAUGACUCGACCUCUGACGACCCUUCCAACUUCUCAUUCAUGGGGAAGGUGAAGGCCUUUGAGAAAAUGGACAACUUGGCCAGAGCCAAAAGGAUGCUGGAGCUGCAGGAGGCUGAACAAGCACGGCUGGAAAUAUCUCAGAAACAUCCAGACAUUUAUGCAGUUCCAAACAAACUAAAACCAAAUCAGAACAGACCACAACCAAUCGGCUCCAGCUCAAACUCUGAAUCAUUGAGCUCCUCCUCCAAACCACCAUAUUCAGAGAGCCGCUCCCACAACCGUGCCGAUGAUGAUGACGAGGAAGAAUACCGACGCCAGUUGGCCGAUCAAACCCGCAGAGGCUACUACAAUCCUCAGAAAUACAACGACACUGAACUGUAAUGUCCAAUAUACCAAAGAAACUCAUGUUCUAAACACAGUGACAACAUAACAGAGCUGAAUCUCUUGAUUGCAUUGGAUCUAUAGAAGAGUAUUUCUUACACAUGUCAUUAUUUUAAGAAAAUUAAAGUGGUCAGUUAUAUAAUUUAGGGUGAUUCUCUUCAACGUGUCACUUGGAGCCACAGACAAACGAGAUGCAAAACCGAACAAGUUUUUUGUUUGCCAUAUGCAUUACUUGCAAUAUAAGCAUGUCAUGUCAAGAAGGUCUAUGUGUCUUUUUAUAUCUGCCAUGUUUCUCGAUGAAACAUCAGUAUAUAUUUCAUGGAUGUUUGUAGUUGUCUUGAUCUAUUUGUAUGUCUUUAGUUGAUUUUAUUUUCCCACAAUGUCAUGUAUCAGUCUUUAGUGAAAGCUACUAGAUGGAGUUGACGUUACACUUUCUUCACACUGAAAUUUGCCAUAAACCAAAAGUAAAAGUGGUAUAAAUAUGAUUUUCAAAAACAUUUGCUUGAGUGCCUUAAUGCCAUUGAUCAAACAGGUAUAAGCUACUUUAAGUUGCUGCAUAUAUUACUAUACUAUGAUUUUGAUUUUAAAAAAUGGUUUAUGUUAUUAAAUGUGUGUAACAUCUUUAUAUUGUAAAGAAUUUAAAUGUAUUCACAAUAUAAUUCACAUUAUAAAUGCACAAUGUGAAAUGUUCACACUAUUGGUACGUAUCUAUGAUCAGUACUUCGGGCGAACAACUACAAAAACUCAGCCUUGUGGGAAAUUAAGGUAUUUUAAAAUUUCAAAAUGAAUAAAUAAAACACACUUUUA